CAGUUAGAGGCGCGUGGGAGUGACUGGCAGCGCUAUUUAAUUAAACUGUGGAAUUUAUAGCCAUUUAUUCGCUCAGCUACCAAAGGAUAUAUGACCAUGGCAACACCGCUGGAGUUUGCAGCAGUCAUUCGAGGUUCUUAUUGCGUGUGAUUCUUGUCGCAGCUAGAAAUAUGAUGUCAAUUAAGACAUCUAUUUCAUCUAUGUUGUUGUAUUCAAUGGCACAACGUGUUUCCUUCAUGCACAGUAAAUUCUUAUUUGCCAGAACUAUCUUCUUUGUUCCCGUGUCAUCGGGGUCGAUAACACAACUUAGUCACAAAUAAUGGAGUGGUUUCAUGAUUCUCAUUCCAAUCGUUAAAAUGGUUGCUUUGAAACUUGAAAGUGUGCACGCAAGCAUAUUUUACAAAAUUCUUCAUACACAAGACAGCGUCUUCAGUAUUGACGUUUCAACGAGUAAUUUUGAAAAACAUCUAAUUAUUUAGAAUAAAUAAUAUUUUUGUUGUUCCAAUCUCUUUUGCUAUCAUGUGACGAUACAGUUAAAAACAUUAAUGCAUAUGAUUUCAAAUUUUGUUUCACAAUGUUGAUAUUCACAAUGUAGAAUAUAUAAUGAGUGAUUCUAUAUUGAAUGAGCACAGGUUUUGUUAUUUUAAUGACAUGCAAACAAUUUUGCCACGUAUAGAUGUGCAUUUUCAGGAUUCUGUUCUUAUUGAUUUUCGAAGUCAAACUUCGCCAUAAAAUUCAGAAUUUCGUUGCUGGAUAGUAGAUACUUUGGAAUUUUUGCCAUUUAAUCGAGUCGGCAUUUACGAAGAAUUUUAGGUUAGCUAUUCUGAAUAAUUUGAACUUUAACCACGACGUCCACGGGAAGGUACGCCGCUGUAAAGAUCCGCGGUGCAGAACAACAACGUUCAACACAGAUAUUUAAAAGAGUUGUAUUGGAUUAAGUUUUGAUAAAGAAAUGGGCACUACCAACUCUUCUCAAUUAAAGCCUUUACCAUCAUCUGAUGAUCAAAUAAAGGCAGAAUUAAAUGAGAUUAUCAAAAUGGAUGUUGAAAAUGCAGAACAAAAUCCCAGAGCUAAACUUUAUAAAUUCAUACUUUCAAGCCGGAAAAUUCAACGCCAUUCUAAAUUUGCUAUGAUAUUGCUUGUUGGAAGUAGUGGAUCUGGUAAAUCAUCAACAAUAAAUCAUUUACUGGGUACUGGAGUUGCUAAGACAAGUAAUAAUCAAUCAUCUACACAAAAAACAUCUGAGUAUAUUAUUACUUUUGACGAACCAAAGUAUGAAGUGAGUGACUUAACCAUGAGAAUUAUUGACACACCUGGCUUCAAUGAUGGUGAUGGUGAUAAACAAGAUGCAUGCAAUUUUCUAUCUAUUAAAAAGUAUUUCGAAACGCAUCCCGAAUUAAAAGAGGAAACUAAGAUUUAUUCAAAUAUUGUGUUCUUAGUCACAAAAGCCGAUGAUAACAGAAUUAGGGGAGUCAAUAGCACACUUUCAAAAUCCUUGAGAGUUAUCAAGAUGUUGGAAAUUGUUGACAUCAGUCUUCCAAAUCUCGUCGUGAUUUUAACACAUGCUUGUUCUGUUGGUUACUACAACGUGAGAAAAUGGAAAGAGAACAUGCGAGAAAAGAAAAAUUUUGUGUCAGAUCUUGUUUUUAAUUCUUUGGGAGUGAGGCGCCAGUUGUAUUGAUAGAAAAUAAUCCUGAUGAUUAUGGACUUGAAAAGAAUGGAGAUUUCACAAUUCUUCCCAAUGGUGAAAGACAACCUCUGAAUUUAUACAAUGCUUGCCUUAGCCUACUAAGGGAAAGCAGAGAUAAAGCAGAUAAAUAUGGCCAAAUGUUGUUGAAUGCUGCAUUUACACGAAAGAAAAAGAAUCGACCGACGAAUGGUCAUGAGGUUAAAGCCAAAAUUGCAAAAAAAGAGCCAUCAUCAGUUGAGGAAUUGAAACUCGCAAAUGAUUUUAAAAAAGCUGCUAAGGGAGGUUUUGACAAAGAAAUGGGCAUUGCUGUGUUUUCCAAGUUAAAGCCCUUACCAUCUGAUGAUGAAUUUAAAGCGGAAUAUGACACUUUCAAGAAUUUUGAUGAAACUGCAGAACCAAUGUCACGGGCGAUACCAUAUCAUUUUUCAUUGUCAAGUGCGAAAAUCCAACGCCAUUCUAAAUUUGCUAUGAUAUUGCUUGUUGGAAGUACUGGAUGUGGUAAAUCAUCAACAAUAAAUCAUUUACUGGACACCGGAGAUGGAAUCCCAGUUGCUGAAACAAAUAGUUAUAAAUCAUCUAUGAAAAAAACAUCUGAGUAUGUCAUUACUUUUGACGAACCGAAGUAUGAAGUGAGUGAUUUAGUUUUGAGUGUUAUUGAUACCCCUGGCUUCAACGAUGGCGAUGGCGUUAAACAAGAUGUGUGCAAUUUUGUAUCUGUGAAAAAAUACUUUGAAACACAUCCCAAAUUUCCUUCGAAAACAAAGUUUUAUCCAAAUCUUGUGUUCAUAAUUGCCAAAGCCAAUAAUUUCAGAAUGAAAGGAGUCAAUAGCACACUUUCAAAAUCCUUAAGAGGUAUCAAGAUGUUGGAUAUUGUUGACAUCAGUCUUCCAAAUCUCGUCGUGAUUUUAACACAUGCUUGUUCUGUUGGUUACAACAACGUGAGAAAAUGGCACGAGACGAUGGAAGAAAAGAAAAUUUUGGUGUCAGAUCUUGUUUUUCAAAUUUUGGGAGUUAGGGCACCAGUUGUAUUGAUAGAAAAUAAUCCUAAUGAUUACGGACUUGAAAAGAAUGGAGAUUUCACAAUUCUUCCCAAUGGUGAAAGACAACCUCUGAAUUUAUACAAUGCUUGCCUUAGCUUACUCAAAAAAAGCAAAGAUGGAAACGAUGUCAUAGAUAAAUUUGGACACAUGGUGUUGAAUGCUGCAUUUACACGAAAGAAAAAGAAUCGACCGACGAAUGGUCAUGAAGUUAAAGCCAAAAUUGCAAUUAAGGGGGAGUUAUCAGAUGAGGAAUUGAAACUCGUAAAAGAUUUUACUGAAGCUGCUAUAGGAGGUUUUACCAACUCUCUUGCCCAGCGUGCGAUGCAGUAUAUUUCCGAGAACAACAUCCAGGACAAGUCUGUAAAAAAAGAACUUUUAGAACUGGUGGUAACUAUGAAUUUGAUGGGAUUAUCGGAUGAUUCAAAAUUGAGGAGUAUAACAAUUAGUGAAAUCAACUGUCGUCAUGGCGACGAUAUCACUGAACAUGGCCUUCAAAUGUUGGAAAAAAAAUUUGGGAUAAAAUGUGCCGAAUCAUUUUAUCCAGGUAUUUUUAAAUGGCUCUAUCUUAAAUUGUUCUAAUAGUUAAUUCUAAACAAUUAUAGCUAAUCCAAUUCAUAGCUUAUUUUUGAAUACUUAUUUCAUCGUAUGUAUGGUGAAUAAACGUAAUUUCUGAAAA